UUGUCAUUGUGAGUGUACUUCUAGAACACGUAUGUAAAACGCCAGCGCUGAUACUCUAUCGCCGUGGCCGGUUGGCGACAUAGCUACGUGUUGAAUGGCAGACACCAUCAAUAAUAUGGACUGUCACUAUGUGGAGAUUUUCGCUUGAUACCGCUUUUGCUAAACCGAGUCAUUGGUUUGCAGCAAGUGGCCGGGAACCUGAUAUUAUUCUUGCAAAAAGGCUUUUGAGAAUCCAUGGAUUUGUAUUACCGGUGAUCUUUGUGAGCAUUUUGCUAUCUGAUGAAGUCUGCGCCGUUAGCCGGAAACAGCUGGAUGACUACAGAGAACGUGUCCGAACGACGUUUACGCACGCGUAUGACUCGUAUAUGAGACACGCGUUUCCUCUCGAUGAAUUACGACCGCUCUCGUGCGAUGGAUUCAAUACGUGGGGCAGCAACUCUCUUACACUGAUCGAUGCCUUGGAUACGUUGGUGGUUAUGGGUAACUACUCCGAGUUUCGGCGAGCAGCUAAACUUGUUUUAGAGAAUACAGAUUUUGACAAGGACCUCAAUGUGUCCGUCUUUGAGACGAACAUUCGAGUGGUUGGUGGCUUGAUCUCUGCGCACCUUCUCUCAAAGAAAGCCGGUAUGGACCUAGAACAAGGCUGGCCCUGUGAAGGUCCAUUCCUCCGUUUAGCUGUUGAUGUUGCCAAACGGCUAUUGCCUGCAUUUGACACGGCAACGGGAAUGCCAUACGGCACGGUCAACCUUCGUGAAGGCGUUCCCGUGGGGGAAACGACGGUGACAUGUACUGCGGGGGUUGGGACCUUCAUCGUAGAGUUUGCUAGUUUAACGCGCCUUACUGGUGAUCCUCGGUACGAGGAAGUGGCUGUCCGAGCCCUGCGAGCUUUAUGGGCUACACGUUCAAAAGUUGAUCUUGUAGGAAACCAUCUUGAUAUAGAAAACGGAAAGUGGACAGCGACCGAUGCAUCGAUCGGUGCUGGCGUCGAUUCAUACUUUGAGUAUUUGGCUAAAGGGGCUUUCAUUCUACGUGAGUCGUGGCUUCUACAUCAUCUUGAAGUCUAUCGCGCUGCCAUAAAUAAAUACAUGCGGCGAGACGAUUGGUUUUUGUCCGUUCGUAUGCAAACCGGCGAACCCACGAUGCCAUAUUUCCAAAGUUUGGAGAGCUUCUGGCCAGGAACUCUGAGUCUGCUUGGCUACAUCGAGGAUGCGCGUCGCUCAUUAUACAAUUAUCAUCAAGUGUGGAAGCAACUGGGUUUCAUUCCCGAGUUUUACGAUAUUUCGCGCACGCAGCCGCAAGACAAACGGGAGAGUUAUCCACUUCGGCCAGAAUUUAUCGAGAGCGUGAUGUACCUAUACCAAUCGACAAAGGACCCUCAUUUUCUGCAAAUAGGUGUCGAUGUUCUUACCUCAAUUGAGUAUUCCGCCAGGACAGAGUGCGGUUACGCGACGGUGAAGAAUGUGGCUACUCAUUUACUAGAAAAUCGUAUGGAGUCUUUUUUCUUGGCCGAGACGACGAAGUACCUGUAUCUUUUAUUUGAUGUGGACAACUUUGUGCAUAAUCCUUUUGCUAACUACGAUUCACGUAACGUGACUACGCGCGACGGCCUGACAAGGGAAUGUAUCUUCGAUGCCGGCGGCUACAUAUUCAACACAGAAGCUCAUUUAGUCGACCUGGCACUGCUGGACUGCUGUCGGCCGGACUACCUUGCCUACGAUAUUCAGGCUCGAUCAGCAAAGGCUUUUUUGGCGGCUAGUCGAACAACAACAAAGGACGCUCCAGGAUCUGCCAACACGUUAAAAGAACGCCAGAGGAUGCUCGACACUUUCACUGAAAUACCGACUUCCGUAAACGACUCAACAGCCAACGAGUUGGCAUUGCAGUGCUUUAGAGGGCCUCUGCACGGAGCACAUCACUCAAAUAUUCAUAACCAAAAUUCUAGCUACUACGCAAAAUUUGCUCAUCGAUCAGGCGAGGCACCAGCCAAAAAUUAUGACGCUCUAGAAAAUCGAGAUGACUUCCAGGAGUGGUUCUCCUGUACGGCAUUGCCGACCUUGAGUCAGUUUGCCUUACGCGGACACAUCGUCGAUUCCGUUGGCUGACGCGUCUCAAUACAUCACGUCGAAGCUUUUAUAAAUGUCUAUGGAAAGAGUUUGUCGAUUUGGGAGAUAUUAUAAGAAGUUGACUAGCACCCGUAGAUAUUCCGGCGCCACGAAGAACUCGAACAAGUGUAGCAGAAUAUUUACUCUUCUGAGACAGUUUAGAUCACUGAAAGAUGAGCGAAAAGAAGAGGGGGCCGGGGGAGCAGGGGAAAAAAACUAACAGAGGGAACGAUUUAGGCGAAUAUAAAAAUGUAGUGCGAAGAUAGUGAUGUCAAUAGUCAGAGUAGUUGUGUGUGUACAGUCGUGAAUUGCAUUUGAGAAUGAAAAAAUAUUUUUGCUGUUUUUUUAUAAAAGCUGGGCUUAUGAAUGGCACAAACCAUGUGAGAAAAAGGUUAUACGUUAGAUGAUGAGUUAUUUAUUAUACGAACGUAACGUGUAAUCAAGGUAAUAUAUAUAGAAAUUAAAAUAGUAGGUCGUAAGUGAAACUUUUUUUCAUAGGAAUAGCCGUUAGACCUGGUUUCCACAUUAGCAGUGUAAAACUCAGCUUUGAGAGACGUUGUUAGUAUAAUCAUUUUGGCAUUACUUGCAGUUUACGUUAUUUUCGGGGGUGAAACGGGGUGAAAAAUCUGUCUGAAACAGCGCGUAAUGACCCAUCCAUAAAUUAUUUUCAACCUUAAGAAAAAAUCUACUAAAUUUAUCGUUCGAGAAGUGCUAUCAGUCUUUAUUCAGCCAUAUUUUGUCAUUUAUAGCGUGUCGACAUAGCAGAGAAGCGGCUUACUGUAUUCGGAAGUAAAACCCAGAGAGAACUGGUUCGUGUGCACGAUAGUUGAAAAAAUCAUCGGACUGCCAGAGCGCCGCAGGAGGUUGAGGUUUAACAUACAUCAUAAAGAAAUCUUGCCUUGUAACCUGGCGAACUUGACUAUUAGGGGUCUAUUCACCUGCUGUGGCUAUAUGGCUCUACUGUAUAGAGCAACAUUUUCUAUAAUUCAGCAGAUCACUGGAUAAAGUCGAAGUAGUAGCAACUGCCAGCAUAAGAUCGAACGAGACCAAACUUAGCUUCUGAAAAGAGGUAAGCUAGACACAAUGUGGCUGACUGAACGAUACGAAAUGCGUUACUUGACUCGGUUUUAAGUAAUGGAUAAUUCUAACUGUUUCUGAAAAACAACCGAAACAAACCAGUGAAACACUGUGACAUAUCGGCAGUUAGUUCACUGUUUCGCGGCCAUAUUAUACGAAUAAAAUUUCAAACUUGUGGUGUUGCCGUGGUGAAUGAUACAUAAACGUAAGUAAUACGUACGUAACGUAAAAAUUAUCAUUCAGGAGGAUCUAUCGCAUCGAAAUGGCGAGUAACUAUCUCCACAGAAGCACAAAGGCAUUUGCAAACAAACAAAACAAAAAAGUACAAGUUCUACUUUCGAUAUUUGAGCAAUGUAUUGACCGGCGACUAAAAAUAACACAAAGGAAAAACGAAAUUAUAGAUUGUGAUAAAUAUAUAUAAAAGAAACUAUAAAAUCACAAUGAAGCGGACAUAUCAAUCCUCAAUCAAUAUCUACCGGCCGUUCAGAACAUUAUUGAGAUGCUUAGUAUCUUUCGCUUAAGAAACAAGCAUGAAAAUCAGAGAGAGAAUUAAAGGUGAGCACCGCAUAUAAUAUUGGCAUAAGGUUUUUAGAAAUAGAUGUUACUUAAAUUUAACAAAGUUGAAUGACGUUACCGACCACAGUUUGGGCAUCCUUUCCGCUACGGAUGCGUCUGAGUGAGAUAAAUGGAUUUAUAUUAUUAAGUGAAUAAAGGACGUA